AUGUUGACCUUGAGUUGUUGUUGGUGGGUGUCAACGGCUGCUGUUCCACUGCUCGUGUGGUGGUUUGCCUCGAAAUUUCUCUUGUCAGAGAAGAGGAAGAACAGCAGUAGUAGUAGAGGAAAUACUUCCGAUCCUUCUACAAUGACGAAUAAUAAUCAUGGAAUUAAUAAUAACGGAAACAUGAUAGUGAACCAAACCAUUUUUAACAACACGAUGGCUCAUUCUAAUUUAUUAUCAUCAUCAACAACAACAACAACCCAUUCAUCAUCGUUGUCAUCAUGGAAUGAGAAAUCUUUUUUGAAGAAGCUCGUCAAUGUAUUCUCGUUAUUUGAAAAAGCAAUUUCUGAUGAUGAUCUUUCAAAACGAAUAUCUUUAUCAUCGGCCAAUACAUUAACAAGUAUGGAAAGUGGACAAGAUCACGUUAAAAUUUUACAUUUUAAAAAGUGCUCGCUGAAUAUCGUGAUGGACACGCUGCAAUCAAAUUCAAUGAAACAAUUAAUCAUGGAUUUUUAUGCAAAACAACAACAAGAGAGUGAUGAAACUGUUGUCACAACUGUUCACAAUGGUAGCAGUUCGAAUGGAGAAACAUCAACGACGAGGACUGAUACAAAAAACACACACCCUAUACCUCCAUUCGAAGGUUUGGAAAUGUCACACUUAUUCAACCUUGAUCUAUACUCAUCCAUCGAUGACAGUAUUCGAUUAGAGUUGGUUUCCAUGAUUCUUCGAGAAGAUCUAUCGCUUGUCAAAGGUUAUCUUUCGGCACAUGUUCACAUGAUUGAAAUUACCCACUGUAAAUUAACCAGAAUUCCAAUCGAAUUAUUGGCCCAGUUUCCAAAUUUAACCUCGUUAAAUUUGAGUCACAACCUCAUCGAGUGCAUACCAGAAGAAUUUUUUGUGUUGGCAAGCGAAAAAUGUCCUCUCAAAAUUCUCAAUCUCUCUGAAAACAAGCUCCGUUCCAUUCCCAACUAUUUUUCUACUCUAUUUAUCAAACACAAAUUGUUAACACUCAAUGUACAAGAAAAUUACAUCGAUCUCAACACCUCUAUUCCCACAGAAUUGAAAUACAUUACAGGACGAGACAAGACUCACCUCUCACCAAAUGACGAUUUCACAUCACCUGUUAAUAAUUUCGUCAAGAAAAAAUUCUCCAAAGGCUAG